AUGCUCGCCUUCGACGGGCAAGUGGCGCUCGUGACCGGCGCCGCCGGCGGCCUCGGCUCGACGUGGGCCCGCUUCUUGCACGAGCGCGGCGCGACGUGCGUCCUUGUGGACACCGACCCGCGCAUCCUCCAGCUGCCAUCGGCGCCAUCGGUGCGCUGGACCGCGGUCGUCGCCAACUGCGCCGACGAGCGAGAGGGCCGCCGUGUCGUGGACGACAUUGUCUCCGCGCAUGGCCGCGUUGACAUCCUCUUGCAUGCGGCGACGCAGGUGCACGAUGCUGCGUUCCGCAAGAUGACGCGCGACCAGUGGGAGGCGGUCCUCGAGCACGACCUCUCUUCGGCGUUCACCAUGACGCGCGCGGUCUGGGCGGCCAUGCGGCAGCAAAACUAUGGGCGCAUCCUCCUCUGCACGAGCGCGAGUGGCUUGUACGGCAACUUUGGCCAGGCCAACUAUGCGGCCUCGAAGAGCGGGGUGUGGGGGCUCACCAAGGCGCUUGCGAUUGAAGGCCGCAAGUACGGCAUUGCCGUCAACGCCAUCGCGGCCGUCGCUGGCACGUCGCUGACGCAGUCGGUCAUGCCGACCGAGAUCUACUCGCGCUUGAAGCCGGCGUACACGACAUCCAUGGUCGCCUUCCUCUGCCAUGGCUCGUCGUCCGAGAACGGCGGCAUCUUUGAGACGGGCGGCGGCUGGAUCGGCAAGGUGCGUCUCGAGCGCAGCGCCGGGCUCGGCUUCCCGCUCAACGCGACACCCGAGACAGUGGCGCAAAACUGGAGCCAGGUCGUGAGCUUUGCGAAAGCGACGCACCCCGAGACGACGCAGGAUUCGUUUGCGCCCAUGCUUCGCAACGUCAACGCGCCGCCCGACACGGUGCACACGGCCUUCACCAAGAAGAUCCGCGCGAUCUUUGACCGUGUCCACAACGUGCUGCAGAGCCCCGAGGGCCAUGCGCUCGUGGCGCCUGUCCUUGGGUCGUCGCUGCAGUGGACGGUCGGUGACGCGGUCUUUGUCAUCCGCGUCAGCGCCGAGAGCAAGACGGUGCUGAUCGGACGACCAUUGACGCCGGUCGACCUCGAGAUUCGCAUGACCGAGAGUGACUUCGUGGCCUUUGUCUCGGGCAGUUUGCGCCUCGAGCGUGCGAUCUCGACCAAGAAGAUGGCGUUCGUCGGCAACAUGAAGCUCGCGAUGAAGCUCCAGCCGUUCGUCAAGGUGCUGGCGCAGGCGCAGGCCGGCCUCCAGUCGCGCUUGUAG